AACAAACAUUUCUUGGACAUAAAAUCGCAUCGCAUGAAGAAUGAUCAUGAUCUUGGUUGUCCAAUAAUAGAAUAAUUUGAGACGCAUUUAAUCGAAUCUUUCAACGUUAUGAAUCGCGAAUAAAACUUCGAUGUAUCUUCAGAAGAAAAAAACACCCGAACAUUUCUCAAGUAAGAAGUCUACCCGAACUUCGUAUUUAUCUGUACUUGGUGUGAUCAUUUUGAAAUUAGGAUGUUAACAUGCGCUCGGUGAAAUACGCUUAUCAGUGUAGAAAAUGGCUAUAACGCCUCAUUACGACUGUACGCUGAACGAGCAUUCAUCCUACGAAGAUUGGAAUUUACCAGUAUCGUUUGUAAAGAAACGCCAUACAGAACCUAUCGAAGGAACCAAAGUCGUUGCUCAGUCAUGGCGCAUGAAAGAACGAAUGAAAACCGUCAGCGUAGCUUUGGUUGUAUGUCUGAAUGUCGGAGUCGAUCCUCCGGAUAUCGUGAAAACUCAACCUUGCGCCAGAUUAGAAUGCUGGAUAGAUCCUUUAUCAAUGAGUCCGCAGAAAGCGCUGGAAAUGGUCGGCCAGAAUUUACAAAAACAAUACGAACGAUGGCAGCCUCGUGCACGCUACAAGCAGAGCUUGGACCCGACUGUCGAUGAAAUCAAAAAAUUGUGCACGUCGUUACGUCGAAAUGCUAAAGAAGAAAGGGUCCUAUUUCACUAUAACGGUCACGGAGUACCGAAACCUACAUCUAACGGAGAAAUAUGGGUGUUUAAUCGGACGUACACGCAGUAUAUCCCUUUAUCAAUAUACGAUUUGCAAACUUGGAUGGGUGCUCCGUCCAUUUACGUAUACGACUGUUCAAAUGCUGGUGUUAUCGUUGAUCUCUUCAAGCAAUUCGCCGACCAGCAUGAGAAAGAAUUCGAACAAUCAUCUGGUCAGAAUUCUCAUUCCGGAUCCACUCCUAGUUUUAAGAAUUGUAUUCAGUUAGCAGCGUGUAGCGCUGAUCAGAUAUUACCAAUGAAUCCUGAUCUGCCUGCCGAUAUUUUUACCUCGUGUUUAACUACGCCGAUUAAAAUCGCUCUCAGAUGGUUCGUAAUGCAAGAUUCGUCGAAACUGGUUCCUAACAUAUCUUUAGACCUAAUCGACAAAAUUCCCGGCCAAUUAAACGACCGAAGAACGAUGCUGGGCGAAUUGAACUGGAUAUUUACUGCCAUUACCGAUACAAUAGCUUGGAAUGUUUUACCUCGAGACUUGUUUCAGAAGCUUUUCCGUCAAGAUCUUCUGGUCGCGAGCUUAUUUCGAAACUACCUUUUGGCGGAACGGAUAAUGCGUUCUUACGACUGCACUCCGGUUUCGUGUCCGAAGUUACCGUCAACGUUUCAGCAUCCCAUGUGGCAAGCGUGGGAUCUGUCGUUGGACCUAUGCCUUUCUCAGUUACCGGCUGUGUUGGAAUGCGAAGAUAACUACAAGCAUUCGCCUUUCUUCGAAGAGCAACUUACUGCUUUUCAAGUCUGGUUGGAUAUGGGAUCCGAUCAACGUAACCCGCCCGAACAACUGCCAAUUGUUUUGCAAGUUUUACUCAGUCAAGUGCAUAGACUCAGAGCUUUAGAGUUGCUUAGUAGAUUUUUAGAUCUCGGAGCGUGGGCUGUUAAUUUAGCCUUAUCAGUUGGUAUUUUCCCCUACAUGUUGAAACUUUUACAAAGCUCGGCUCGCGAAUUGCGAUACUUGUUGGUGUUCAUUUGGGCUAAGAUAUUGGCCGUUGAUAGCUCUUGUCAAGUGGAUUUGGUGCGAGAUAACGGUUAUAGGUAUUUUUUACAAAUUCUUCAAGAUUAUUCGGUUGCGAGUGACCACAGAACAAUAGCCGCGUUUGCGAUGGCUGUAAUAGUACAAGAUUACCCACCGGGACAAGAAUUAGCCCUGCAAGAGAAUCUGGUAUCGAUUUGUUUGGAACAAAUAAACGACGCUAAUAUCCAAUUGAAACUAUGGACAAUCAUAUGCUUAGCUAAACUGUGGGAACGAUACGACAAAGCCAGAUGGUGCGGUGUACGGGACUCAGCUCAUGAAAAAUUAUUCGUAUUGUUGAAAGAUAAAGAACCCGAAGUUCGAGCUGCAGCUGUGUACGCCUUGGGAACGUUUAUGAAUACCGACGAAUUAGAACGCACCAAACACGCCACCAAUAUCGACCAAAGUGUUGCCAUGAUGUUGAUCAACGUCGUAUCUCAAGAUAUGAGUACUUUAGUGAGAAAAGAAUUGGUGAACGCGUUGCAAUGGGUCAUAUUGGCUUUUGAGAAUUCUUUCUUGUCGGUUGCCACGCAAGAAAUGAAAGCUACGUUGCCAAUUAGUCCUCAAGAACAAAUCAUCCCAAUACCAUCGGUAAUGAGUGCCUUAAAACGUAACCUAUCCAGAGAACGAAUCAAAAUCACGUUUACAGGAUACGGGAUCGAGAAUAUUAACCAAGUCGACGGUACUAAUAAUCAGCUGGACCGUGAUACGUAUCCUGAAAGAUUAAAACGUGUUUCUUCUUCGUCUUCGAUUAGUUCAGGCAGUAACAGCAGUCUUCCAACCAUCAGUUAUGGUAGUUUUUAUACGAAAAUAUGGCAAGGUUUAGCUUCGCUGGAAACCGAUCCUUUUCUCAAGGUGGCCAAAAUGGCCCACGCUUCGAUGGAUUACAUCAGAGAUCAAGUUUUCGAAUGGCCGAGACAUAAAGAAGAUGUUAUUGACGGUCCGUCUUCUUUAGGAGCUCUCUAUAACGUACGUGAUUCUGUGAUGGGAAAAGAAUGGAUCGAUCCAUCGAAGAACCAGUCUUUCUUUUCGUUACCACCGUCGCCGUCGAAUAGAUCAUAUUUAUCGGUCGACUCGCCUCCUAAAAACUUAUCUUCCACCGGAUCAUCGAUGGAUUUGAAUAGAUUAGGUGCCAGAGUACGGUACAGCCUCCAGUGUCGCCGAACGAUGCCGAAUAUGAUUUCCGAAAACGCUUCAGACGACGAACAAAAACGAUUGGUUUCAACCAAGUUCGUAGACUGGUGCGGGAAAUACUUUUCCGAGUGUAAAAAACCACAUUCUGACCGCUGUGAUAUCGAAAGUAGGGCACAUUUCGAACGUGAAUGGAGGUAUGCUCGGAAUCAUGUACAAGAAAAAGUAUCCAGGGACGAGUGUUCCAGAUCGUAUCAGUUUAGAGUCGAGAACGUAAUUUUUUCGACGAGGUGUGCCCAAGCUCCGGCUGUGUUAUUAUUCCAUCCGUACGAGAAUCAUUUUAUUACGACGGCUAAGGAUGCUUUCAUAGUUUGGGAUUACAACACGAAUUCGAAGUUGACCCACUGGAAUCCGGAUCGAGGCAUCUGGAAUAGAAACAUAUCGCGAAUCACGGCCCUAGAUUUAGUCAACGCUCACGAUAACACAAUGCUUCUAGUCGGUUCCGAAGACGGAGCUGUUCGGUUAUGGUCGAAUUACACAAACAAUUUACCUAACAGAGAGCCUGUGCUGGUAACUGCUUGGCAAGCGCUCUCCGAAUUAUCAUCUUCGAACAGAACAGCCUCCGGGUUAAGGAUGGCUUGGGAUCAACGAAGUCAAACAUUAUUGGCUGGCGGAGAUGCUCGAGUUGUUCGAGUAUGGGAUGCCGAAAGUGAAUUGAAAUUGACCGAUGUGUCGAUUGGGACCGAAGCUUGGGUUAAUAGUCUUUCGGUCGAUUCAGAUGGAGGUGGAAAUAUUUUCGCUGCUGGAUGUAGUGACGGAUCUGUUCGUAUUUUUGAUCGCAGACUGGCUGCUAAUAAUUGUCGAACGAUAACGUAUCGCGAACAUACUGGUGUUAUAAUUAAUGCGAAGAUUCGCAGAUGUUCUGAUUUACUUGUGGCUGGCUGUAUGAACGGUGAUGUUAAAACGUACGAUAUUCGAACGAAAUCAUCUAUAUUGACGUGCCGAACAGAUACUCGUACUACUGCUUUUGACGUACACAAAAGCGCCGAUUUAUUCGCAUGUGGCGGUAUCAAUCAAUUAACUGCUUAUGAACUUAGUGGCGGUAACGUAUUGAACAGCGUUAAAAACUACGAUUGGUUCAUGACCCCUAAAAUUGCCUCCACCGUGUCGUACAUCAGCUUUCAUCCGAAUCGAGUCAUGCUCGGGUAUUCGUCGAUCGAUUGUAGUAUCGUUAUAUCUAGUUUAGAUUCUAAAAAAUGGCCGUCAAAUUCAGCUUAGCCAGAGCACGUUCUCGAUAUGUGAACCUUUCGCUGGCUGUCGUAUUUCGCAUCGAGGGAAAACUCUGCUCCUUUUUGAUAUUUUUACGAAACGUUGUUGUGAAAAUUGGAGCAUUUUUUCCCCCUCGAUGCGAAAAGUUGAAGGUAGAAUCCCUCUGAAACUCGCAGUUGUUUCAAAUAGGUAAACUAAUAUUGUAAUGUAAAGUUCAAAAAGAAGGAAUGACAGCUAAGCCAUAAUCGUAACUUUUUAACAUUUUUUCUAUUCGGUUUUAAAAUUUUCAAUAAUACUGCUCUUGUGUGAAAUUUUUCGCAAAAAUUGGUGCGUUUUCUAAUUUCUUCCUGUACCUCGGUCAAACGAUCUUUUUUUUGUACUUUUUGCCAUAUUUGUACUGAAAAAACUUCUACGAAGAAUGCUUAUUUGUGUGAUUUGAAAAUAGGAGGAUUUUUUGCCCAACGAUUGAAUUAAUUUUUUGUAUACGUAUUUCCUCCCUUUGUCAUUUUGUGACGGACGACUUGAGAAUUUUUAAUCGAAUCAAUCGCUCUGUUCGAAUUGUGAUUUUUUAUUUUUAUAGUUCACAAUGAGGUACGACGAUGAAGUCCUUGAUCUACGCGAGUAGAUGGGUAGAUGUAGAAUUUUGGUUCUUUUUUGAACUAUUUCAUUCGUAAAGCGAAUAAUGUCAUCGUAGAUUCAACUCCUACAAUAAUAUUUUUCCGAGUUCGUUUUCUACGUUGAACAAGAUUCGUACGUUAUCGUAACUAACGAACGAUUUCGAUACCUACAAUUUUGACAUGAAUAUUUUUAGUCGAAUUGUUGAUGAUGAUGAAUUAGUGUAAAUAGUGUUAGGGAUUUGUAGUUGUACUUGUUUUUCUCUCUCUUCCUUUGUAUGAUAACCAUUUUUUUAAUUUAGGUUGUGUCUGUUUUUUCUAAGUGUGUAUUGUAUGGUUUAAGCAUAUUAAGCGUAACUGUAAAUGUGUACUUAUAAUGGAAUCAUUAUCUGUACGUGCAUAUGUGGUUGAGCUUGAGAUAACUGAUAUUAAUAAUAAUAUUGUACGCAACGAGAUACCGUUUUUAAACUUAAGUCUAUUGAAUUUCUCUUCGUUUUCUCCCCGUAAUCGAUCGAGUUUUGUUAUAAUUUUUUUAAGCAAUAAAAACGAUGAAUUAUGUUGGAAAAUAA